AAUGAUAGAGUCUUUCAAAUAACAAUGUGAGCAGAUUUAUUCUGAAAACUAAGAAAGUAACAUCUGAUAUCAUAUUGUAGUUAUAAAAUAGUUAAACAAACUUAAGCAAAGUACAUUAGAAAAUAAUCAAGAAAUAUUGAAAUUACAAAAUCUAGUUAAAGGAGUUGAAUAAGAAUAUUAGCCAAUUCGUGAUAAAAUAUAAUCAAUUAAAGAUUAAUUCUAAGAUUCAGAACUCAAUAAAUAAGUAAUAUAUGAUUCCUUUGAUGAACUUGAAAAUAUAAUUAUUCGUUAGAUUGCUGAAUAAUUUAAAUUAAACAAAAAGUCAAAAAAGACAUAAAAAAAGGAAUCACCUUAAAUAGGAAAAAUUAAUAAUGAAAAUGAUUAAAACACAAUCAAUCUAAGAAAAAGAACAAUUAAGUAAUAAAACAUUGAUGAAAAUUCUGAAAUAAGUGAAUCAAGUGAACCAAUAAAAGCAUAAAAAAAGAAAGUUAAAACUAAUUUUGAAGCCUUAGAUAAAGCUAAUUGUCUAAUUAACGAAAUAUUUAAUUUUAAUUGA